AUGCAUUUCUUUAAACUGGUGGCUCUUGGUUUUUUGUUUUAUUAUGCUGAGGGUUGUGAAGUGUUCUGCUCAAGAAACUAUCGCCCCGUUUGUGGUUUUGAUGGCACUUGUCACAUGGAAAGGAGAAAUAGUUGCUUAAUGAAAAGCUUAAAUUGUCGCAGAGCUACUAAAGGAAAACCUGUUUUCAAAAAUAUUCGCAAUGGGGCGUGCUCAAAAUCAUUAGAAAGAUGUAAAGCAGAUGCAAACAAUGAUUAUUGAAGUUUUACUUUUUUGAUUUUUAUAAUAUUUAUUUAAUAAAAACUAUAAAUGUGUGAAAAU